AUGAGCAAUAAAUCAGAAGAUAGAUUUUCAUCGGUUUUAAAGUUAACAGAAUUCGAUUAUAUUGUACCCUCACAAAUAUGUAUUAAACCUGUAGAAACACCAGAAAAAUCUAAUGAUAAUGGUAAUUCUAAAAUUGAAAUUGAAUCAAAUGGUAGAUAUGUUGAAAUUUCAGAAGAUGGAACUAAAAAACAAUUAGAAAAAGCUACAAUUACUUUAAACGACUGUUUAGCAUGCAGUGGAUGUAUUACUUCAGCAGAAAGUGUUUUAAUUACUGCACAAAGUAUUCAAGAGUUUUUAUCAAAUAUAAAUAGUAACACUACAGAUUCAGAUAAAAAAACAAUUGUAGUAACAUUAUCACCACAAUCAAGGGCAUCAUUAGCAGCAUAUUAUAAAAUAUCAACAUUACAGGUUAUAAAAAAAUUAAAAACAUUUUUUAAAUCAUUAAAUAUUGACUAUUUAUUUGAUUCAUCAUUUAGCAGAGAUUUUUCAUUAUUAGAAUCAGCAGCUGAGUUUGUAGCAAGAUAUAAGAAACAGUUAGGAGAAGAUCAACCAUUACCAAUGUUAUCAAGCGCAUGUCCUGGAUGGAUUUGCUAUGCAGAAAAGACACACGGUGAUUAUAUAUUGCCAUAUAUUAGUACAACCAAAUCACCACAACAAAUUAUGGGCACUUUAGUUAAAUAUUAUUUUUCGAAAAAGAUUAAUAUUGAACCAUCAAAUAUAUAUCAUGUUACGAUAAUGCCGUGCUAUGAUAAAAAAUUAGAAGCAUCAAGAAACGAUUUUUACAAUGACAUUUUUAAAACUAAGGAUGUAGAUUGCGUACUAUCAACAUCAGAGAUAUUAGAUUUAUUUAAAGAAAAAAAUACAGAUUUUAUUCAACUAGAAGAAUCAACAGAGGCUAUUACCAGCGAAUAUUUCAAUAUUAACCAAGAGCAACAAGAAUUUUAUGGUGUUAAAGGAUCAUCUGGUGGUUACUUGGAAUUUGUUUUUAGAUAUGCCGCUAAAGAGUUGUUUAAUGUAGAUGUAAAUGAAAUUGAAUAUAAAGUUGGUAGAAAUCAAGAUUUUAAAGAAGUAUCUUUGGAAGUCAAUGGGGAAAAGGUUUUAAAUUUUGCAUUAGCAUAUGGUUUUAGAAAUAUUCAAAAUAUAGUUAGAAAAAUCAAAACAAAUACUACCAUUAAAAAAGAAAGUGCGUUACCUUAUCAUUUUGUCGAGAUCAUGGCAUGUCCUUCAGGCUGUAUAAAUGGUGGUGGUCAAAUCAAACAAGAGGGAAUUAAAGAAAAUAAAGCUUUCCUUUUAGAAACUGAAGAAAAUUAUAACCAACAAAUUAUACGUAAUCCUCAAGAUAAUCCACAAGUUCAAGAGAUUUAUAAAAAUUGGCUCAAUGGUUGUUUUUCGCAUGAUGCUAUAACAAAACUACACACCCAAUAUCAUAGAAUCGAAAAAACAACUAAUGCAUUAAAUAUUAAAUGGUAA